CUUGAAAAAGAAGGCGGGGCCAAAGCAGGCGAACGGGUAGUCUCUGGUGUUUGUACAUUGCCAGGCUGAGUCUGAAGUUUGUGUUCUCCGGAGUAGGAGGAAUUGAACCUGAAGACACAGACGGCUAUCAAACACCAACCGCCAUCAUGCUGAUUCUCCUCGCCGCCAUCUUCGCCCUCCACAUCAUCGGCAUCAUUCUCCUUCUGGUGGCUACCAUUGACAACGCUUGGUGGGUGACUGAAACCAUUUCCACUGACGUGUGGGCCAGGUGGAUAUACAGCAAUGGCGUGUGGAACUACACCGACCUCCCCACGGGAUCACACUACCCAGAGGACUACCUCCAGGCGGUGCAGGCCAGCUCGGUGCUCGCCUGUAUAUUCUCCAUCCUGGGCAUCUUUGUGUUUGUAGUUCAGCUCUUCACCUUGAACAAAGGACAGAGGUUCACCAUCUCGGGCGUCUUCCAAGCCCUCGCUUGUCUCUGCAUCAUGAUCGCGGCAUCCAUCUACACGGACCGAUUCCAUCUCAACGAGAAUUUCGGUUCGUACGGUCACUGCUACAUCCUGGCGUGGAUCUCCUUUGUUCUCACGUUCGUCUCCGCCAUCACUUACUUUGUGCUACGCAAGAAAACGGCAUGAGAACGACGCUGGAGUUAACUCCGUUUGACUGGAUCUCUUUUAGCGAUAGAAAAAUCUUUGAUUUGUAAUUACGGAGCGAUAGACUGUAACAUUCCAAAAUGGCAGUAAAAGACAGGCACAAUCUAUUUUCCGUUGCUCCACAAUGGAAUACAGUAAACCUCGGAUAUAUCGGAAAUUCGCUCACAACGGACAGAUAAAAAAGAACCGAUUUUUCUGUAAUGCAUUUCCAAUAAAAAUUCAUUGCAUAUAUCGGAAUUUUUAUAACGGAUUUCGCCUAUUUCGGACAAAAUCUCCAGUCCCGUUCCAAUGCAUUUCCAUGAAAUGUCCCUCGCAUAUAUCGGAUGGCCGCAUCGUGGCGCUCCGAUUCGCCGAAUCGUGACAGGCCGCUAUACGACGUCAUUUGCAGCGUUCAGGUACAUUGGAAACAUAGUCAAGGAAGUGCCUUUUUAUAACGGAUAAAAUCCGAUUUACGCAUUUACCGGAUAUAAAAUCCUUCCAUUUUCCGGUAUACGCAUAUAACGGAUUUCGCUUAUAUCGGACAAAACCAGUGGGAACAAUUGAAUCCGAUAUAUCCGAGGUUUACUGUAAUAUUUCUAGUCGGUUUGGCCUAAUUUAAAAAAAAAAAAAAAAAAAAAAGCUUAAAUAAAGAAUGAUUUUUAAUUUCUAGCAACCUCACAGGUUUUCUUUGUACGUACAUUUAAAUAUGAAUAGAAGUGGAUAAAAAGGGGUGAGCCUAUUAUUUUUCAUGUUUUGUUUUUUUUUUGUCAUUAUUUUAUCAACUUAAACGCAUAUACUGUACUUCCUCCCGGUCACUAAUUCAACCGCCGCAUGACACCUGUCCAUCACGGCUUGCGGUACACGCCGGUCACCGAGUGACACCACCGUGCAAAUGUCCAAAAAUGGCAUCCGAAGACGUUAAUAUUGUGUAACAGUACUAACCCGACAGAUAUUUAACGGUAAUACUUAAAUCCAACCUCUUACAAAUGGACCGCCUUCACUGCCUUGAAAAAGUCAUUGUCCGAUUCCCCCGAAAGUGACACGCCCAAACUGCCGUUCCAUACCGUGUGUAAAUAUGCUCCCUGUUAUGCUUUGUAUAUCUUAUGCUGUUUUGUCAUCGUGGAUGACGAGGAUUUUUACUAUAAUAAAACCAGAGUUUCAACCAA